AGCCAUUGGCUCGAGCCGCCCGUCGCUGCCCCCGCACGUCGGGCCCCGGGGCCAUGCCAGGCAGAUGCCCGGGCCAGGCUUCGACUCGGCCCGCGGAGCUGCCAGGAGCUCGCGUCGGUUGCAGCGACGGCCCACGCAGCGGCCAUCGGAACGACGCGCCGGCAGCCCGGAGGGCAGCUCCUCCUCCGAAGAAGACAGCGAGCAGCCUCCGAGGGCAGCCACGGCAGGAGUGGAGCUGCCCUCGGGGGGCAGAAGGGACACCUGGAUCCAGCGCCGCUUGAAGGAGGCGCUCCUCCGAGAUGCGAGCGGCCUGUCGACGGAGGAGGAGCAGGAGCUGCAGCGCAGCUUCAAGAGCCACUUCGACCUCCUCUACCACAUCGCUGAGAAGGGCGAGCGGAGCGAUCGCAACGACGUGGACGUGCGGAAGAGGAUGGCCGGGCGAUACGGCAACAUCAUGAUCGUCUCGGCCCUGAUCUUCACGGUGGCCGCGGAGGGGUUGUUGGAGCCCUCCGACCAGAUCCUGAAAGCUCCUCUGUUCCAGAGGGAGGUAUACGGUAUCUUCAUGGGGCUGGCCUUCGCCUUCACCCUGGCCGGGGUGCUCUGCGCCGCCGUCAUGCUCGGAACGAUCGCCAUCAUGCCCCAGGCCCUGUCCAGGUGGUAUUUCCAGCACACCGCGAUCCUCCAGAAGGCGCCGAUCAUGUGCGUCAUGGUGGGCUGCGUAUUCCUCUGGGUCGCCGUGUCCGCGCUGACCUGGAUCAACUUCGGGUGGCUCGCUGGCUCCGUGCUGUGGAGCGUCAUGGUGAUCCUCGGCUUCCCGCUCCUCCUGAACUACCUAUUCGUUAUGAGGGGGAUGCAUCGCAGGAUCCGCGAGGAGGAGAGCAUCGUUCCGCCGAGCUUUUGAAGGCUGACUGCGGCGGACUGCAUGCCCGCUCUGCGAUCCUCCCCCCCUCCAUCUGUCAGGCUUCCCGCCCUCUCUGCGCAGAGCUGCGCAGAACGGCGCCGGUCCCUCUUCCUUUGUCCUUCUUGUCUGGCCGCUCCACGUCGGACUGCUUCUCUUCCGAGCGCCCCCGUUUUCUCCUGAUCGACCUUCUAUUA